UUCCCCCUCCCUGUUUAGGGCUGUGGCACCGAGGGAGAGCAGAAGCAGCUGAGUUGGGGAGUUAGAAACGAGCAGGCGUCGCUGCUGUUCCUCCUCUUCCCACCCACCCCCACCCCCCGUGUAAAGGAGCCAUGGCUGCCACCGGGGUGCUCCCCUUCAUCCGGGGGGUCGAUCUCAGCGGGAACGACUUCAAGGGCGGUUAUUUUCCAGAGCACGUCAAGUCGAUGACCAGCUUGCGAUGGCUGAAGCUGAACCGCACUGGCCUCUGCUACCUCCCCGAGGAGCUGUCUUCCCUCCAAAAGCUGGAACAUCUCUCCGUGAGCCACAACAGCCUCACCACUCUCCACGGAGAACUCUCCGGCCUGCCUUGCCUCCGGGCCAUUGUUGCUCGUGCCAACUGCUUGAAGAACUCUGGGGUUCCUGAUGACAUCUUCCAGCUUGACGACCUCUCUGUGUUGGACCUGAGCUACAACCAGCUGACCGAGUGCCCCCGUGAGCUUGAGAAUGCCAAAAACAUGCUCGUGCUGAACCUGAAACAUAACAGCAUCGACAACAUCCCCAACCAGCUGUUCAUCAACCUGACAGACCUGCUCUACCUGGAUUUGAGCGACAACAAGCUGGAGAGCCUUCCCCCCCAGAUGAGGCGCCUGGUGCACCUGCAGACCUUGGUUCUGAACAACAACCCUCUCCUGCAUGCGCAGCUCAGGCAACUCCCGGCGAUGGUGGCCUUGCAGACGCUCCACCUCAGGAACACACAACGGACCCAGAGCAACCUUCCCACGAGCUUGGAAGGCUUGUCAAACCUCGCAGAUGUGGACCUCUCCUGUAAUGACCUGACCCGCGUCCCCGAGUGUCUCUACACCCUGUCUAAUAUACGGCGCCUCAAUCUGAGCAGCAACCAAAUUGGAGAACUCUCCCUCUGCAUUGACCAGUGGUGCCAGCUGGAGACCCUCAAUCUGUCGAGGAACCAGCUUACCUCCCUGCCGUCGGCCAUCUGUAAGCUGACCAAGCUCAAGAAACUCUACCUGAACUCCAACAAGCUGGAUUUUGACGGCAUUCCUUCGGGGAUCGGGAAGCUGGUCUCCCUGGAGGAAUUCAUGGCUGCAAACAACAACUUGGAACUGAUUCCAGAAAGCCUCUGCAGAUGUGUCAAGCUCAGGAAGUUGGUUUUGAACAAAAACCGCUUGGUUACAUUACCCGAGGCUGUGCACUUUCUGACAGACAUUGAGAUCCUGGAUGUCCGUGAGAACCCCAACCUGGUGAUGCCCCCCAAGCCUGUGGACAGGACCUCCGAGUUUUACAACAUCGACUUCUCCCUGCAGAACCAGCUGCGGCUGGCGGGCGCCUCCCCUGCUACCGUAGCAGCUGCCGGGGCAGGAAGCAGCCCAAAGGAUCCCAUGGCACGAAAGAUGCGCCUACGGAGGCGCAAGGACUCGUCGCAGGAUGAUCAGGCAAAGCAGGUGCUGAAGGGGAUGUCGGACGUGGCGCAAGAGAAGAACAAGAAGAUGGAGGAGAACGGAGACCCAAAGUACACAGACCUGAAAACCCGUCGCUGGGAUCAGAGCUUGGAGAAGCCUCAGCUCAACUACUCUGAGUUCUUCACGGAGGAUGUGGGGCAGCUCCCUGGCGUCACCGUCUGGCAGAUUGAGAACUUUGUGCCCACAAUGGUGGAUGAGACCUUUCACGGGAAGUUCUACGAGGCCGACUGCUACAUUGUCCUGAAGACUUUCCUAGACGAUAACGGCUUAUUGAACUGGGAGAUCUACUACUGGAUUGGCCAGGAGGCCACGCUCGACAAGAAAGCCUGCUCCGCCAUCCAUGCGGUCAACCUGCGCAACUACCUGGGCGCCGAAUGCCGCAGCAUCCGGGAGGAGAUGGGAGACGAGAGCGACGAGUUCAGCCAGGUCUUCGAUCAUGAGAUCUCCUACAUUGAAGGUGGGACGGCUAGUGGCUUCUAUACAGUGGAAGACACACACUACGUCACCAGGCUUUACCGCGUUUAUGGAAAGAAGAACAUAAAGUUGGAACCGGUACCUCUGAAGGCAACAUCUCUGGACCCUCGGUUCGUCUUCCUGUUGGACCAUGGCCUCGAGAUCUACAUCUGGAGGGGGAGCCAGGCCACCCUGAGUGGCACCACCAAAGCCAGGCUUUUUGCAGAGAAGAUCAAUAAGAACGAGAGGAAGGGGAAAGCAGAGAUCCUGACCGUCAGUCAGGCACAGGAGGCGCCCGAGUUUUGGGAGGUCCUGGGGGGGCAGCCAGAUGAGAUCAAGCCCAACGUCCCAGAUGACUUCAAGCCUCCCAGACCUAAACUCUACAAGGUCGGUUUAGGUUUGGGUUACCUGGAGCUGCCCCAGAUCAACUACAAGCUUUCUGUGGAACACAAGAAGAGGCCAAAAGUGGAUCUGCUGCCAGAAAUGAGACUGCUCCAAAGUCUGCUGGACACCAAGUCGGUCUACAUCCUGGACUGCUGGUCUGAUGUUUUCAUCUGGAUCGGCCGGAAGUCUCCUCGCCUGGUGCGCGCCGCUGCCCUCAAGCUGGGCCAGGAACUCUGCAGCAUGCUUCACCGCCCCAAACACGCCAUGGUGACCCGCAACCUGGAGGGCACUGAAUGCCAGGUCUUCAAGUCCAAAUUCAAGAACUGGGAUGAUGUACUCAAGGUGGAUUAUACCCGCAACGCAGAGUCGGUCAAGCAGGCGGAGGGCCUUUCAGGAAAAGUGCAGAAAGACUCCGAGAAAAAGGACCAGAUGAAGGCUGAUCUGACAGCCCUCUUCCUGCCCCGCCAGCCCCCCAUGCCGCUAAGCGAGGCAGAGCAGCUCAUGGAGGAAUGGAACGAAGACCUAGAUGGCAUGGAGGGCUUUGUCCUGGAAGGCAAGAAGUUCGCCCGCCUGCCCGAGGAGGAAUUUGGGCAUUUCCACACCCAGGAUUGCUACGUCUUCCUGUGCCGGUACUGGGUCCCCGUGGAGAGUGAGGAGCAAGAGGAGGAGGAGAAGAGGAAGAAGAAGAAGAAGAGACCCGAAGGGGCUGCCGAGGGAGAGGAGGAGGAAGAGGAGGAGGAGGAAGAGGUGGAGGAGGAGAAGCAGCCCGAGGAAGAUUUCCAGUGCGUUGUUUAUUUUUGGCAAGGCAGGGAGGCCUCCAACAUGGGCUGGCUCACAUUCACUUUCAGCCUCCAGAAGAAAUUCGAGAACCUUUUCCCUGGGAAGCUGGAGGUCGUGCGGAUGACGCAGCAGCAGGAAAACCCCAAGUUCCUCUCCCACUUCAAGCGGAAAUUCAUCAUCCACAAGGGCAAGAGGAAAGCGAGGGACGAUGGGCUCCAGCCCAGCCUCUACCACAUCCGUACGAACGGCAGCUCCCUCUGCACCCGAUGUAUCCAGAUCAAUACAGACUCCAGCCUUCUCAACUCCGAGUUUUGUUUUAUCCUGAAGGUCCCCUUUGAGAGCACGGACAACCAAGGCAUUGUAUACACCUGGGUGGGCCGGGCUGCCGACCCCGACGAAGCCAAACUGGCUGAGGACAUGAUGAACUGCAUGUUUGAUGACUCCUACAGCAAGCAGGUGAUAAAUGAGGGAGAGGAGCCGGAGAACUUCUUCUGGGUUGGAAUUGGUGCACAGAAGCCUUAUGACGGAGAUGCAGAGUACAUGAAGUAUUCUCGCCUGUUCAGGUGCUCCAAUGAAAAGGGCUACUUUGCUGUGUCUGAAAAAUGCUCGGAUUUCUGCCAAGACGAUCUGGCGGAUGACGACAUCAUGCUCCUAGACAAUGGGCGUGAGGUAUACAUGUGGGUAGGAACACAGACCAGCCAGGUGGAGAUAAAGUUGAGUCUCAAAGCCUGCCAGGUAUACAUCCAGCACAUGCGCUCGAAGGACACAGCUCACCCGCGGAAACUGCGCCUGGUUCGGAAAGGCAACGAACCGCCUGCCUUCACCCGCUGCUUUCAUGCCUGGAGCGUUUUCCGGAAGCCUCCAGCCUAAGCCGCUCGCUGGUGGCUGAAAUCUUCAUUGGACUUUAUGGCACCUGCUGGACCUCAGCGCUCAAGUAGGGGUGGUACAGCUGUAUCCUGUUCCCUUAAAAAGAUCAGCCGAUUGGACAAAAUUACUAGAGGAGGAGCUAGAAUUUGCUCCUCCCCUUUUAAAGAAACAGCACCGGCCUAUUCUCCCCCCCCCCCUUUACAAACCAUUUUUCACCUACAUUUUUCUCUCGCCUUUCACUCCUUGGGGCAGUGAAAUAGAUGCUGCCUAGACCCACUCUUGGGAAAACAUCGCCGCUGGAACUCUUCCCACAGCUACAGCAUCACUAUGUUGAGUUUGUUGGUUUUUCCCACUUGCACAGAGAUCUUUUUUAUAUAGUAUAUUUAACAGAACGCACGUGAGCUGUGACUUCUUAUUCUGCUCUUUGAGAGCACUGCAGCCUGUACCCAGUUUGAAGUAGGGUCUGUAACACCAACCUCUCUCCUGCAAA